AACGAAGCAGACGAGAAACGUCAAAAUCCUCAAAACAGACCGAUCCACGUUUGUUUCCUUCUUUUGCGGCUACGCAAGUUUCGCGAUUUAUAUCGAACGCGUAAAGGUUUCGUUUUUUUCGAGUGAUUUCUUGGCCAAAUCAAGCAUUUCUAUCAGCCAAUCAUGCCUCCCAAGAAGAUCCUUGAACCGGAAGUGAAGCCCCUGAUUGGCCGCAUCGGGACCAAUCUGCGUAUCGGUAUUGUGGGUGUGCCGAAUGUGGGCAAGUCGACAUUCUUUAACGUGUUGACCAAGAGUGCGGCUCCGGCGGAAAACUUCCCCUUCUGCACGAUCGAUCCCAACGAGAACAGGGUUCCGGUGCCCGACGCUAGGUUUGAUUACCUGUGCGAGUACCACAAGCCAGCAAGCAAAGUUCCUGCCUAUCUGAACGUGGUGGACAUUGCCGGUCUGGUCAAGGGCGCCGCCGAAGGACAAGGCCUGGGCAAUGCAUUCCUCUCACACAUCAGCGCGUGUGAUGCCAUCUUUCAUCUGUGCCGUGCAUUCGAUGAUCCGGAUGUGACGCACGUCGAAGGUGAGGUAGACCCAGUUCGCGAUCUGUCCAUCAUUGCGGAGGAGCUGCGUUUGAAGGACGAAGAGAAGUUGCUGGUCAAUCUGGACAAGCUGGAGAAGUUGGUGACCCGCGGUGGAGAUAAAAAAGUCAAACCCGAAUAUGAAACGUUAGUCAAGGUCAAGGAAGUGCUGAUGGACGAGAAGAAACACCUGCGCUUCGCCGACUGGAGUGCACAUGACAUCGAAGUUCUGAACAAAUAUCUCUUCUUGACGACCAAGCCCUGCAUCUAUUUAGCGAACCUGUCCGAGAAGGACUUCAUCCGCAAGAAGAACAAAUGGCUCCCAAAGAUCAAGGAAUGGAUAGACAAACACGAUCCUGGUGCGUCGUUGAUUCCCUUCUCGGGCCUGUUCGAACACAAACUGGCCGAGAUGGAGUCCGAUACCGAGCGUAAGGCCUACGAAGAGGAAACCAAGUGCACCACCAUGUUGGAUCGGAUCAUCACCACCGGUUACAAGGCUCUGCAGCUGGAAUACUUCUUCACCGCUGGUGCCGAUGAGGUUAAAGCAUGGACGAUCCAGAAGGGCACCAAAGCUCCUCAGGCGGCCGGUCGUAUCCAUACCGAUUUCGAGAAGGGCUUUAUUAUGGCCGAAGUCAUGCACUACAACGACUUCAAAGAGGAGGGUAGCGAAGCGGGAGCCAAGGCCGCUGGCAAGUACCGGCAACAGGGUAGAAAUUACGUCGUCGAAGACGGUGACAUCAUCUUUUUCAAGUUUAACGCCGGAGCGGGCUUAAAAGAUGCCAAGAAAAAGUGAUACGACAAAAUUGCCACGGUGAUUGCUAUUCUUCUCUACUUGAACAUGAUAUUCUACGCGCAACUGUUUCUACCCCAGUCGCCUUAGGAAAGGAUGCAGAGCAGGAGAGCAGUAACUCGAAUGUGUGCCCUGGGGGGAUGUUUGAUACUACGUUGGAAAAGAGGCAGUCCAUAAAUAAACAAAAAAAGAUCGUUACAUUCACGUGCACUUCUGCAAUGCUGAUUUAUAUACAACAUCUUUGCUGGUAGACAUCAUUGUGAAGUGUUUAAAAAUAAGAUUAUAAAUAAAUUAUUCGUUUGUGUAUCUGCUUAAACGCGCAAAGAAAAA